CUGGUUUCUGAUAUUCGUGGCGAUAGAAAUCAUCCAAAUGGGCAUGUUGCCGUGUCUGCCGGGCGUCAUUACAGAAAUGAUUGCAAACGAAAUAGACAAAAUCAAGAUUUCUCUAACCAACUACUUAUACGACGAUAAUAAGGGAAUCAAUGACCGCGGCUCGGCGGAGGGGUUCCUGCGCUACCUGCAGCUGCGCCCGCUCCGCUGCAGCGUGUGGCGGCUGCUGCCUGUGGACCUGACGCUGCCCGUGAGCCUGCUGAGUCUCUGCACCACCUACCUCAUCGUGCUCAUACAGUUCUCCGACUUGUAUUGACGAGGAGAUCAUACCGCGGAUUAGUGGGCACGAAUGGGCAGAGAACGUUUCAGAAGUUUUUUUCCUCUAUACUAGAACAAUAUAGUUUCUGAGAUAAGUAUACAUAAAAAACCUAUUUUUAAUAUUUAUUCUUCUUCUGUUGCCGUCUCCUAUCGAAGGUUGGCAAUCAUCCUGCUGAUUUCCGUCUUGGAGGCCGCCGCACGGAACAAUUCUCCAGUGCUCAGCUGGAACCACUGGCGUAGAUUUUGCAGCCAUGAUGUCAUUGGCCGCCGGC